CACCGUUACUUAUGAAGAGCGCCACCUUAUGUUUGAUUAUCCUGAUAUCAACAUUCUAGACGUCUCCUAAUGUUUUCGUAUGGUAAAUGUGUUGAGAAUCUGACUAUAAAAGACCAAGAUAGGAUCUCUGCUGGUCCGCAUUGUGAUGUAAUUAACAAAAGGAUACCGGAAGCAAAUUCUUCAUAAAACCGUCUAAGCGCUACCGAGUCAACCAUCAAAUUUCUCUUAACUGGUGCCCAGUGCAGACUACCGUCAGGACAAUGGAAAACAUUGAGGUUGCCGUAAUGGCAGGCAGUGCAGCCAUUACGGGCCUCAUUGCUUAUUAUUGGAGGAAAGAGGCCAACUACCUCAAACAAAUAAAGGAUGCCCCUCGCCUAAACAUCGACCGGAACCUGCAAACCAUCGUCAGUGAGGCUCCUGAAAAUACCAUUCCCUAUGCCGUCAUUGAAGGGAGCGUGGAAGCUAUCGGUAAACCCCUGCAGAGUGAGCAUACUCCAGGCAUCUUGGGGGUCCUGCAAACGCUGAUCUGUAGAGAGCAUAAGACGUACUGGAGUGGGAGCACUCGCUUGUGGCACGACACCACACGAUUGAUAAGGAAUAUAAACCGCUCGGUCCCAUUCGUGAUCAAAGACAAUAAUGCAGGCGUAAAGGUCGACGACCCUCUGUCUGCCACCGGGCUAGAGAUUCCCAUCAUCCAUGAUUCGUUUGAGCCAUCGCCGACGUCGCUAGGAGAACACAUCGUCAGUUGGGCAAGUGGGGAAAAAACUAAAGGCUUUCAGACCAUGGAAAGAAUGCUGUCAGAGGGAACAGUGCUGACAGGCAUAGGCAUGCUGUCAACGUCGACUGGUUCUCUGGUUCUCGGUCCCCCUACAGGCACCAACAGACCUUACAUCCUAAGCAACAUCGGGUUUUCUGGGAUUGUCCGGGAUUUCCAAUCGAAGAUAAACCAUCUCAAGUUCUUUCUGUACAUCAGCGGGUCAAUCACCGCUCUGCUUGUCGCACUGUGGUUCUAUAAGCAAUACAAGAAGUACGCGGAGAGGAGGAAUCACGAGAUGCAGGUCGAGAGAGUCUUGCAGGAUCGGGCGGAGGAAGGGGCUGAAGGAACUGACGUGGACCCGACGGUCAGUGAAGACAACGCUUGCACGAUAUGCCUGAGCAACCGAAGGGAUGUAGUGCUGUUAGACUGUGGUCACAUCUGCACAUGUGCGCGUUGUGCGCGAUUGCUGCAACCGCCGCAGUGUCCGAUAUGUAGGCAGCGCAUUAAGCGUGUCGUGCCGCUGUAUCACUCAUAGAUUGGAACAAUGAUAACAAGUCCAUUGAUUGAUUAAUGAGGCCCCGCCCACUGCUCACCAUGGCAACAGCACGUGCGCCGCUCUGAUGCGUAUUCCAUCCGUGCCCCUUGUACCCAUGUCAUACUUACAGUGAGUGCAUAUCCAACAUAAAGCCAAGUAAAAAAGGAAAUAGUUUCUCAUCCACAUUUUUUAAAGAAAAAGGAGGCACUUUUCCAAGAUGGCGGAUACAUACUUCAUUGUCUCAUCUCUUUUGCUGAUACUUUUGUGUUCAAAGGAGCCAUCACUCUUUCUACUAGAUUUUGAACUUGCAUACAUGGCUACAAUUUGCUGGAAACAAAAAGACAAAAAUAUUGCAAAUGUAUGAUAAAAAAUAGGAAGCAGGCAGGAAAAAGGAAGCGAGCAGGGAUGAGAAACGGUUCAUUUUUUUAACUUGGCCUCAAUUUUUCUGUGAUUGGUCGCAACUCCAUAGGGGUUGGCUUAAUAAAUCAGUUUAUUGUGUUUACAGCUGUACAGCAUACCAAAAAUUGAUGUUUUUAUGCAAGUGAUACAAAUUAGAGAACCGAAAUUUAGGAGCCUUUUAUUUCUCCAGAGUGAUGAAUGUGGCCUUGAAGGCAUAAUUUCAUCAUAUAGUUUUCUUAGACUGUUUGAAUUGAGUGUACAAAUGUACCAUUAAAAUUCCGUACCACUGUAAAUGUAGAUAGAUUAAAAUUUAUCCAGAAAUCAUCUCAAAAAAAGGUUGAAACUGCUUCUCCAAAUUCUAGUAACUCACAUGGAGCAUCAUAUAUUGGCAGGAAACUUGUAAUACAUAAAACAGACAAUCAUGAAGUGAAGGCACAAAAAUGCUAUUUGAAUCGAAUUUUUUUAGCAGGUAAGAAAGAUCGUCAUUUAUGCAAAUUGUAUGAGCGAUAAGUAUUGUUUGAAUUGAAAUGAAAAUUAGCAGUGAUUUUUAUUUAGUCAGACAGAAUCAAAAGGUUAUUAUCAGAAAGAAAAUAUUGCUCUGAAGACCAGCUUUUGUUUGUUUUACACAUACAUGUAUUCAAAUUGUAUGUAUAAUCAAAAUGUAAAUGCAAUUGAAUUUAAUAGAAUAAAUUCACCCUUUUGGGGGAUGGUGAUUUGAACCCAA